GUCAUCAUAAACGCAAAAAUCUUUAACAAGUUAACAAUUUAUUCGGGUUAAGUCCUGCUUAACCAAAGUUUAAUACUUUAAAAGAGCCGACACUGUCGUCCACGGUUUUUUCAUAAGCUGGUCCGCACCCCAUCAAUCCCAUUGCAUUGAGGGAUUGUUUGACUCGAGUAGUGUGCAUCGGUUGCAUACUGCAAAAUCUCACCGGAAGUAGUACGCCAUCCGGGUAUUUCUCGCCUACUGUUUCUUGCAUACUUAGAAUUCGACACUCUACCCCUCUGGCGUACUGCUUUUUACUUACUAUAUAGUAGGUAUGUUGUUUCGGACGCAGCCAGAGACUUUUAUUUUGACGCGUCGUGACCCGGAAGUGGAAAAUUAUCUACUUCCGCCUUCGUUGUUGCCUCUGUUUUUAAAUUUACAGCAGGAUGUUUAACAAGAAAGCGAGGAGAAAUUUUAGGCAGCGAAGAGACGAGUCCAGUGAAGAGGAUGAAAGUGAAAAAGUCAGUGAAGGUGUGAAGGAAGCGGACGCCUCGGUGCACAGUUUAAAGCCGCUAACUGCGAGGAGAGGGAUUUCAUGCAGCUCAAAGUCUAACUCAACUCCACCACACAGAGGAGCCGAGUCCAGUCCAGAACACACACCGGAUCCAGAAGUGUCUAAACCUCCAACUAAAGACGACAAAAAGACGCCCAAGAGUCAAACCCUUAGCUUCCUGGAUGAAAAAGAAGGUGCAGUCGAGAGUGACUUCAAGUUGAAAAGGACUGUGAACAAAUCUGUGGUCUUCCAGGCUCGCAAAAAGGAAGAUUCGCCCAUCAAGGUUACACCUUCACAACAAGAUGUGGAAGACAUUGAGCCUAAGGAGCAAUCUGAGAGCAGCUCUGCUGAGGACAUGUCUCCAGACAGCAAUGAUGAAACAAACUCUACAGAAUCCAGCUCCUCCAGCUCUACCAACUCUUUCAAAGCACAUAUCGUUAACAUCCCUAAUGCUGAGAAGAUCCGUGCAGCUAAGGAGCAGAGGAGGAGAGCGCGGGCACAGCGAGACUACAUCCCUCUGGAUGAAGAUCAGGAAAGUGAAGCAGAGGUUGGAGACCGAGUGCAGGAUGAGGGCGAUGGAGAACAUGGCAGUGAUGAUGAGCCGGACGAUCAUGAACGCCGGAUCCAGUUUGCGCCCAAAUCCAAAACUCUGAGAGAACGGAUGACUGAGAAAAUGGGUGGGAGUGGGAGUGAGCAGAGUUUCUCUGAUAGCCAGGAGGAGGACCAACACCUCUGGGAGGAGCAGCAGAUAGGCAAAGGUGUUAAACGACACCAGAAGCAAAGCAGAAAUGACUUUAAACCUCUCAGGCGAAAGAAAAUGGUUGACAUCCCUGAGACUCUUUCACCGGUCAGCAUUGAUAUCAUAAAGAAGAGAAUCACUGGAAAGCUGGAAUCGCUGAAAGAGGUGCAGAGGGCUCAUGAAGCGGAGCUCAGGAGGAUGCAGCAGGACAUAGAGAGUGCAAGGAGUUCUGUAGAGAACCUAGAGAACCAUCAUGCUGACAGCCAGCUCCUCUUCUAUUGCAGCAUGAAAACCUUCAUACAGAACUUGGUGGAAUGCCUGUCUGAGAAGAUGCAGCUGAUAAACUCUGUGGAGCUGGACAUGCACAAUCUGUAUAUUGACCAGGCGGAGGCGCUGUUGUCUCAGAGAAGAGACGCACUGCAGGAGCGGUCCAGACACCUUCAGCAGUUAACUUACAGCACUAAUACACAUGGCAAUGGAGAAGCACUGGGGGAAAACAUCACAGCUAAAGACAGUGAGCUGUUGGAGGAAGAUUAUGGGAGCAUCCCAGCUGAUUUGGAACCAACAGCAGAGCAGGAGGCAGAACUGCAGAGUAAAAGAAAGGACAUACUGAAGGGAAGUCAGAAGAUUUUUACUGAUGUUCAGGACGACUUCUCUGAUGUGAAGAAAAUCCUCUCCAGGUUUAAUGAGUGGCGUGUCUCAUUUCCAGAGACUUAUACCAACGCCUACAUCAGUUUGUGUCUUCCUAAACUCCUGGCCCCUUUGAUACGACAUCAGCUCAUUGGUUGGAAUCCCCUCAAGGCUGAAGGUGAAGAUUUUGAAGCACUGCCAUGGUACUCUGCUGUCGAGAAAUUCUGUCAUGGACAAGGCUAUGAAGAAUCUGAGAAUGCUGAUGAGAAAACGCUACCUGCUAUCAUAGAGAAAGCCAUCCUGCCCAAAAUUAGAGGUUUUGUGGAGCUCGUUUGGGACCCUUUGUCUCUGCAUCAGUCACAGUGUCUCUCAUCACUUUGCAAGAGGAUACAGGAGGAUUACGGCGUUUUCGAUGGUGAACAAAGCAAGCCCGUGAAGGCCUUUCUGGAAGCUGUUAUCCAGAGACUCAGGAGUGCUGUGGACAAUGAUCUGUUCAUCCCUCUUUAUCCAAAAAGUUAUUUGGAUGACAAGACUUCGCCACAAUUCCAGUUUCAGAAUCAACAGUUUUGGAGUGCUGUUAAGUUGCUUGGAAACAUUGCAUUAUGGGAUGGCUUGAUUGAUCAGGAUGUUCUGAAGGAGCUGAUGCUGGACAAACUUCUCAACCGUUACCUAAUGAUGACUCUACUGAAUGAGACCGAUGCAAAGCACAUUAUACAGAAAAGCAAGAAGGUGACCGAGUGUUUCCCAAAGUCCUGGUUUGUGGAUCUCAGCACCGGAUCAUCACUAUCGCAACUGCAACACUUCAGCAAGCAUCUUCUCCAGACAGCAGAUUUACUAUGUAAAGACCGAAAGGAUCCCACCAGCUGCAGAACUGUUCUAUCUGAUGUCAUGAUUCUUCUUUGGACUAUCAAGGCAUCGGAGAGCAUGAAGAUUAUAGCAGAAAAAUACAAUUGUCAUGAUUUGCUGGAAUCUAUAAGCAAGUCGUAAUUUUAUAUCGGUGUAACAAUAAAUUUAUUUUUAUAGCCACAAAAUCAAUGUAUUGUGUGAUCAAUAAAUGUGUGACAUUGUUGCUAGUUUUUAUUUUAUUGAUGUUUUGUUGUGUGUUGAGUUUUUUUGUUUGUUUGUUUGUUUGUUUUUAAACAUUUAUUUUGCUCCAGAAUUUGCAGCCAUUAGCCCUUAAAACCCUACAGCUGCAUUAUUAAACUGCGAAUCCCCUGUCUCCCCUGCUAUACACACAGUUAAAUGUGUUCUAAUUAGAAUAUAUGGUGCUAUCGAACCUUGUCUUAAGGAUUGUCCUGUGCAAACAUCCUCAAUUCAGCCACAAUGGCAAAUCACAGGAGCUGAUCUGGCAUCCUGACGAUAAUAAUAUCAGAUCUGUGAUAGAGCUGCUAUAGUAUUUUUGUCCUAAAUGCAAAACAAGUGACUUCAAAACUAUUGAAAGACCGUAGCUUUAUUAGAACUAUAUACUCAUUUUCAGUACGAGUUCAUUUAGGAGUUUUGAAAUCCCAAUGUUGCAUUGCUGUAUUCCUUUCAAAGGUUAAAUGGGGAAUAUUUCUUAAAUUCGGUCACUGCAUCCAUCACCGUAUGAAAUGUGGAAUUACUGCAGCACGAGGAUGUCUGAACAUCUACUUCCAUCAGUCAUAUCCUCCAUCUCCAGAGCUCACAUUAGCUCUGAGCAUGUGGCGUGUUACACAAACUUAAUAUUGCUUGUUUAGUUUUGUGGAGAUCAGCGCUGGGAUUUUAACAAGGCUUUCUGACCAGAAACAGCCCGAGUAAGGUAGCACACAUUAAUUCCGCUAUUUAAAAAAAUAAUAAUAAUAAUAAUGACUUUUGUUUGCCCAUGACCUUGAGUGUACAUGAUACUGUAUAAUAGUGCUCAUUUGAAAUCAAACUUGUAAAUAUAAAUUAAAAAUAAAAGGGAUAUUAAUUCAGGUUAAAUAUCUGAAUUACUAGUUUUAUGGCUAAACACAAGGUUUAUGGCUAAAUAAGGUUUUAUGAUUUUGAAAUCUUUAAAACAAAAAGUCAAUAUCUCAAUAAAAUAAAGUCAAUAAGUUCAAUAUCUUUGAAUAUUUUUAAUAUUCCUGAUUCUAAGAUUCUGCACUAUUUCUAGGUCCCUAUUUAAAUGUUAGCAAAUGUGUGAUUAUUGACCAUGUUAACUGCUUUGUACAAAAGGACAGGUUUUCCUCACGCCUAAUCUCAUCUAUAGAAGCUCGUGUUCAGUUGACGCAACGAUGGAUUUUUGUCUAAAAUGGAUCAUAAGUUUUUACACAAACUUGUGGAGUCCGCACCAGCUCGAGUACACUGAGAAGUACUAAGAAACUCUGAAAGUCGUGUAAAUAUUUCAACAGUUCUUCUUUUCACUCAUGUUGUUGUCAGUAGUAUAAUUUGAAAUUAAAUUUGUUGUAUUAAAUUAGAGAAUAAUGCAAAAUAAAAGUAUUUUCAUUAGUGGAACCCUGCUGUAUUUUUAGGUUUAAUUAUGGCAUAAGCUUUAAACAAAAGGUUGUCAGGUUUUUUUUUGUUGUUGUUGGAUUUGGAUGUGCUUAACUUUGCUGUUAUUCCAUUAUGUCUUUUUACUUGGUUGAGAUUUAUAUAGGUUUGUGGUUAAUAUUUUCAAUUUUCCCAAUUUCGGGGAGAGUCCCUAAUAAACAUACCUUGUAAAAUUUUGACUAUA